AUGUUCACCAUAUCAGAGCUCGUCGCCCUGGUCGCCUUCUUCUCCGCCACCGCCUCAGGUUACUUCGUCAGCAUCGACGCUCACGCAGAAGAGUGCUACUACGAGCAUGUGACGUCCGGCACCAAGAUGGGCCUGAUCUUCGAGGUGGCCGAGGGGGGCUUCCUGGACAUCGACGUGGAGUUUAUUGGGGCUAAAAUGACACUGCAAAGGUAUCGGUUUCAGGUAUCGGACCAUUUGCACAAGUACUCGUACAAAUGCUUCGUAUCAGCACCAAUACUGGUAUCAAUAUUGGUGCAAACCACUCCGAAGAUAGUGAUGUUCACUAUAGAUAUAGGUGAAGCUCCGAAGGGCCAGGACAUGGAAACUGAAGGUGGUGGAGAUACUUGGGACGCCCAUCAGAACAAGCUGGAAGAGAUGAUCAAUGAACUUGCAGUGGCCAUGACAGCUGUAAAGCAUGAGCAAGAAUACAUGGAAGUGCGGGAAAGAAUACACAGAGCAAUCAAUGACAACACAAACAGCAGAGUGGUGCUUUGGUCAUUUUUUGAAGCCCUUGUACUGGUAGCUAUGACACUGGGACAGAUCUAUUACCUGAAGAGAUUUUUUGAAGUCCGGCGAGUGGUUUAA